GCUGGAUUAUCCGGCGAUACGUGGACGUAUUGUGUCGAGAGGGAACGACUGGCUAGAAAAUCGGAAUGGUUUCGGGCAAUGCUUACAGGUCCGCUCGCACCACCAGUGACGGAUUCGCCGCCGUUGUUGCAACUGCAACACGUUGAUAAGCGGGCAUUCGAUCAUUUGCUCAGGUACCUUCACGACGAACCCGUCAAUUUUAUAUCGGUCUCGACGGCCAGAGCCACGCUCGACGCGGCUCAUCAGUAUCUUUGUCCUGGUCUCGCACGACUCGCCGUGUCGUAUCUCGAGAAGCACCUCGCACCAUCAACGGUGCUCGAGAUUUACCAGGGCCUCAGGCUCUACGCGAACGAUCUGCGGGAGGAAGAUCCCGGUUUUGACGGAUCGCCAAAUUCGCCAUCGGCACCACCGCCGCCUGGGGACGACGCCGGUGUAAUAGCUGACGUGUGCACCAAUCUUCUGCUCAAGUGCCUGUCUGUGAUCGACUCGAAUCCGGCGAGGGUGUUGCAUCAGGAGCACUUUGAGGAGCUCAGUGCCCAGGAGGUUGCUCAAUUAGCACGUCGCGAUACCCUGAACAUCACCAGCGAGUGUAUCCUCUUUUCAGCGUUGGACAGGUGGGCCGCGGCCGAGUGUAGAAGACAGGGUAUCGAGCCUCUGCCAGCCAACAAGAGGGCCGUCCUCACGGACGACGUCUGCUUCAGCGUGCGGUACCUUCUUAUGAAUGACCGGGAGUUUGUCGGCGGUCCUAUGGCAAGCGGUAUCCUGACUAAUGAGGAGUGUGUCCACAUUGUCUCUAAAAUACUCAGGCAUCCCGAGAGCUCGAAAAAUGAUAGCCUUCGAAGUAGCGCAGCUGUUCAUCCGUCCAGAUUAUCCAAUGCGCCCAGGAUCGCAUAUAAACGACAGGAUGAGGAGUGCAACAUGUUGAGGCCGGGUAAAAAGGAGCGACAGGAUAACCGGAAAAAUAGAAGGAGAGAGUGCGCCAGUCAAGGCCAAAGAACUUGCGCUAGAAUAGGAAAUUGCCUCAUACAAAUCUUAGCUUGCGUGUUUGAUUAGACACGCACCAUGAAAUCACGAUUAAUCGCAGAACUUCCAAAUUUUCCCACCGAAAAAGAUAUUGUCUUUCUACGUUAUUUUGUCUUUCGGUUGCAACUUUCGUCCGACAAAUCACCAAAGAUUACCAAAUAAUAAUUCAAAACGAUACAGGAGUCUAAAGGACAUUUAAUGGUCGUCUAAAAAAAUAACGAUACACACACAUGUUUACCUGCACGGCAAUCAAGUCAUAGAAAAUAUUCAGUAUAAUGACGUAACUUAAGUAAAGCUUAUAAAUUGUAGAUAUUCCUCCUUAAUAUUUUUUAUGGAAACGUCUUUUUAUAGAUACGAAAAAAUAUAGUGAUUUUUAUUAUUGCUGGAAUAUCGUUAAACGUUUUUUGCGCAAUCACAUCAGCUAGAAAUGUUAAAAUCAAUAUAUACAUAUACAAUAUAUAUAGGCAAUAUUUUUGAAGGUAAUAGAGAUAUAUUGAAAGGAAGGCUUUUUUAAAUGUUUUUUUAAAGAGGCCAAUUUAGAUCUCCAGCUUUUAUUGGCGAGGUGAUCAUUUCAGAGGAACAAAGAGAUCGCGCACUCAUUAAAAUUUGUCCACCCACGUGAAAUUUUAGAAUUAUCCUGUGCGUCACUUCCAUUAAUGUUAUAAACACUUCGUCAUUUUACACACAUUUUAUCCUUUUUGCUUGCAACUUCGCGCAAGAUCUGUUGCUACUACAACAGCAGUCUUCACUACAGUCGAUGGACCAAGUCAAGACUUUCGCUAUUAUGAGAAAGUGCAUUUAUUAAUAUUUUACAAAUUUUACAAGAAAACGUGACUUCAAGAUUUUGAUUUGAUCAUUUGACAUUAAAAGAACUUACAAAUUAUUAACGGUCCAACGACAACGACACCUUUUUCAUAAGCGCCUUUCCCAAAGAUUUUUUGUAUAAUAAAUUAAUUGUACGCGAGUACAUACGAAAGAGUAUUGUCUAUGUUACAACAAUGUACCUUGUUGAAUGUUAUUACUACAUCUUCGUUGUGUUCAUAUUUGCUGUUCAGAUUAUAUAAUCUUUAAAUUAUUUGUAGUCCGUGUAGAAAUACAUACAGGGUGUUAUGUAAUACCCGCAUC